UGGAACUGUUGCUCCAGAAAGUGAACUUUACCAAGCUUCCAUACCGACGCAGCGUCAAAUAUGAGGGUCGAUUCAACUGGAAGACUAUGGUGGAUGGCUACCAAGAGUGCCUGCAUUGCCAGUACACGCACCCAUCCUUCUCCGUCUACUACCCCCCGACCUCGUACGCGGUGCACAACCAUCAGAACUUCUCCCAGCACAUAGCCGAUCCCAAAAAGCCGGACGACGGUCUCUUUCUGUACUUUUUCCCGAACUGCACCCUGAAUGUGUAUGGCGGGGGCAUGUCGUCGUUCCGCGUCUGUCCGACGGAGGAUCCUCAUGUGACGAGGAUGGAAUUCGACUACUACCACAUGGAGUCGGGCGAGAAGUUCGAGCAGUACUAUAAAUUUGUUCGGCAGGUGGCGAUGGAGGAUUAUGAGCUGUGUGAGAAGGCUCAGGAUAACCUUGCUAGGGGCAUUUAUAGCGAAGGAAUCUUGAAUCCGGAGAAGGAGAACGGGGUGUCGUUCUAUCAGGGUCGUGUGUUUGAGCUUGUGUGUGAGCAGUACGCUGCCGAUCAAGCGGAGCAGGCAGGGAGUAAGAAGGCGAUUGGACAUAAGGAAGGAGCCGAGAUGACUAUGGCUGUUGUUGCGUGAUACCGGGACUGAACGGUGCGAACAUCCAUAAUAACUAAAUGGGUGGUUUGCCAGCAACGUUUGAGGUCAGAGGCAAGAAAGAUUGUCCCGUUAUUGUCCAUAUUACGCGCAAGCAAGAUAAGACCCUGUUCUUAUUCAGUCCAAUCAUCAAACGCAGCUGAAUUUAGACUGUC